AUGGCCACACAACUUGAUGUCCAGACGCUGCGGUCCGUUUUCCAGUCCCGGCCGGACAUUUUGUCCAACAUCGAGAGGAAUGCCGAUACGCCCGCGCGUACCACUUUGUUCAACGAAAUUGCUAGUUUCGUGUACGAACGGCUCGGCUCGGCUGACCCCGAAGACGGGCCUGCGUCGAAGAGGAGGCGGAUUGAUAUCGCGCAACUACCAACACACCCGCAGCCGAAUGGGCAUGCACACGGGAGGGCGCCACCCGCCGGGUUGAGUGUCGAUGUCGCCGCCACCGACCCCGUGUUGCUCGAACUCCGGGACAUAUCGGUUACAGCACCUCAGCGCAAGAAGUACGACCUUUGCUUUACCAAGAAUUUCUUGUAUGCUCGGGCUUCGGGGACGUCGGUUCCGGUUCAGGGGGUCGUGUACCCAUUGAAGGACAUUGAACACGCGUUCUAUCUGCCAGUUCCCGACAAAUCCCAAGCACAGUACAACUACGUCCUUCUUCCGCGCGAUAGCUACCUCCCAACCGCAAAGCAGGCAGGUGCUAACUCCGGUGGCGGCCUGCAACCGCUGGAACCGCUGGUUUUUACGGUCCCGGCCGCGGCGCCGAAACCUGGAAGCGUCGUGGGCCCCUCAUCCGCAGCGGCCGAGGCUGUUUCAGACACAUACAGUAGCCUACUUCAUUGGGCUUUGACGACGUCGAUGCGUUCGGCCGGAAACCACUCCUGCCAGCUCGUCGCAUCGGACCCCAAGCUGUUCCAUAGCGUGGCGCGGCAGCCGCAUCGCCCAAACGAAAAAGCAGUACACGUGAAAGCUUUUCGCGGCAGCAAGGACGGAUUCCUUUUCUUUCUCCCCACCGGUAUUCUGUGGGGCUUCAAGAAGCCCAUCUUGUUCCUUCCGUUGGACCGCAUUGUAGCCGUUAGCUACACCAACGUCCUCCGGACAACCUUCAACAUUGUAGUGGAGCUCGACACCGACAUCCCGGGUGAGGCCAAUAUCGCCAUCGAGAAGGAGAUCGAGUUCGGUAUGAUCGACCAAGAGGACUAUGGUGGGAUUGACGAGACAUACGUCCGCCGUCACGGCCUUGCCGACCGUAGUAUGGCGGAGCAACGUAAGGCUAAGAGGGAGUUGGUUGAGAACAUCAAAAAGCCCGCUGCCGGCGAUGAGCUGGCCGGAGGAGAAGGCGACGCGGAUGGGCUUACGGCACUGGAGCGGGCCCAACGCGAGGCGGAGCAGCAGCUACAGGACGAGGAGGAUGAAAUGGAGGAGGACUACGACCCGGGAAGCGAGGGCGAUAGCGAGGGCGAAGGUGGAUCAAGUGGGGAGGACGAUGACGACGACGAAGCCCAGGGCGAUUAUGACGAUGAGGAGGAUGACGAGGCAGAGGGCUUGGAAAACUAA